GGGAGUCUGUUGACGUCCGUGGAGGACGUCGCGAGGAUAGGGGAAGAGUUCCCGACGUUGGAGGCGUUGGAUUUGAGCGGGAUUCGGCUCGGCGACUGGACGAAGGCGUCGUCGAUGUGCGCGCGUUUCGAGAAGUUGAAAGUGCUCGUGUUGAAUGAUUCGAUGGUAAAGUGGCGGGAUGUGCGAGCGUUGAGCUCGUUGAUGCCCGAAAUCGAGGAACUGCACUUGAACGGAAAUAAUAUUUCUUCGUUCGCGAUGGACAUCGACGACGGCGCGAACGUCUUUCCAAAGUUGCGAAAGCUGAGCGUCGAUGGGAACGCCCUGAGCGACUGGAGUGAGAUCGAAGAGCUUGGACGACAGUUACCUUGGCUUGAGAAACUGCACGCGUCGCAGAAUGCGCUGGCGGAAAUCCGACCGUCGCGCGCGUUUUCGGCGCUCAAGACGUUGCUCCUCGGCGACAACGCGCUGAGCGCGUGGUCAUCCGUCGACGCGCUGAAUGCGUUCCCCAAGCUCGAGGACGUGCGACUGAGCGGCAACCCGUUCGCGAGCGCGUCGUCAUCGCGGCACGAAAUAAUCGCCCGCGUGGACAAGCUCGUCGCGCUGAACGGGUCCACGGUUUCCACCGCCGAGCGCAAAGACUCCGAGAUUCGAUAUUUGCGUCGCGUGCUUCAACAGCUCAAGGAAGUAUCA